GCGCCCGUGCGGCGCGCCUUCCUCCCGCUUUCUCCCGCUAAGCGGGGAGGGGCGAGAGGAGGAAACGGCCGAGGGAGGCGACGCCAAGCAGCCGUCGGUUAAAUGCCCUUGCGCGGGCGGGCGGCGGCGGAGGCGUCUCCGUUUGCGAAGCGAGCCUGCUGGAGGCCGGGCAGCGGCGCGAUGGUGGCCCCCGGCCCGUCGGGCUCCUCCGCGGCCAGCAAGACCCGCCUGUUGCCGCCGGGGCUCCGGUGAGACCCAGGAUGCUGGGUCCCCGGGAGAGAGCGGCGCCCCGCCAGGCGCCCCCCGCCGAAAGCGCCCGGGACCCCGAGCGACACCAGCGCUGGGCCAGCCUCUUCGAGCAGCUGGACACCAACAAGGACGGGCGCGUGGACGUCCACGAGCUCCGCCAGGGCCUGGCCCGGAUGGGCAUGAACGCCGGCUCCCACGCCGAGCAGGAUAUCCUACGAGAGGGUGAUACAGACCAUGACGGGGAGCUUAAUUUUGAGGAAUUUGCCCGCUACCUCCAGGAGCGCGAACGCAAACUGCUGCUGAUGUUUCACAGCCUGGACCGCAACCAUGAUGGCCACAUUGACGUGUCCGAGAUCCAGCAAACCUUCCACAGCCUGGGCGUUUACAUCUCCCUGCAGCAAGCGGAGAAAAUUUUGCACAGCAUAGACAAGGAUGGCACCAUGACCAUUGACUGGCAUGAGUGGCGAGACCACUUCCUCCUCAAUCCGUUGGAGAACAUGGAGGAGAUCGUAUACUACUGGAAGCACUCAACGGUCCUUGACAUUGGCGAGUGCCUCACUGUCCCAGAUGAGUUUUCCGAGAAGGAGAAGAAGACAGGGAUGUGGUGGAAGCAGCUCAUUGCUGGAGCCAUGGCUGGUGCUGUCUCCAGGACUGGAACUGCCCCAUUGGACCGACUGAAAGUCUUCAUGCAGGUUCACGCCUCCAAGAACAACAGUAUGAACGUUUUGGGCGGACUGCGAGGCAUGAUACGCGAAGGAGGCAUCCGCUCCCUGUGGCGAGGCAACGGGAUCAAUGUGCUCAAGAUCGCACCUGAGUCUGCCAUCAAGUUCAUGGCCUACGAACAGAUCAAGCGGGCAAUUCGUGGGCAGCAGGAAACACUGAGGGUGCAGGAGAGAUUUAUUGCUGGCUCCCUGGCUGGUGCCACAGCACAGACCAUAAUCUACCCCAUGGAGGUUCUAAAAACACGGCUGACCCUCCGCAAGACGGGUCAGUACUCCGGGGUGGCGGACUGUGCCAGGCAGGUCCUGCGGAAGGAAGGGAUCCGUGCCUUUUACAAGGGCUACCUGCCAAACAUGCUGGGCAUCAUUCCCUACGCUGGCAUUGACCUGGCAGUUUACGAGACACUGAAGAACACCUGGCUGCAGAAGUACAGCAAGGACACAGCUGACCCAGGCGUUCUGGUGCUCUUGGGCUGUGGCACUGUCUCCAGCACCUGCGGCCAGAUCGCCAGCUACCCGCUAGCUCUGGUGCGGACCCGGAUGCAAGCCCAAGCAACCAUUGAAGGUGCCCCACAGCUGAGCAUGCUGGGCCUCUUCAGGCACAUCCUCUCUCGAGAAGGGGUGCUGGGCCUCUACCGCGGCAUUGCCCCCAACUUCAUGAAGGUCAUUCCCGCCGUCAGCAUCAGCUACGUUGUGUAUGAGAACAUGAAGCAGGCUCUGGGGGUCACGUCCAGAUGAAGCGGAUGAAGCCUGCUUCCCCAAAGUGGCCAGGACAUGCCUCUCAAGAAGGACCGCUCCUCCCGACAGUGUGUCCUGAAGGCAGCAGUAGGUGGGGACGUACCUCCUCUGCUCUAGUGCCCUGUGGGGCAGGGUGUGGGCAGCUGGGCGGAGGAAGGCCGGAGAGUGCUGGAGUGAGCGGGCCCUUGUUCUCCUCAUCCCCAGAAAAGCAGAGUUCUUCCUCAGCAAGGAGGACCAAGGAGGCCUGUCCCACUUGCUUACAAAGGUGUCCCCCGUCCCACCGCCAGACACCAGAGGAUGGGAAGUGCCAUGGCCCUUCUGAGGUAGAUUUUCAUAGGUCUCCCAAGUGCUGGAGUCUCCGGGGGCGGCCACCUCAAACGGGCUUGCUUCUGAGUCAAGGCUACUCGCCAGGAGCCUGCCAUUCUCGCUGCAUGUGUGUCCUCUUCUUCCCUGCCCGCCCCCAGCAUGUUUCCUGUUCUGCGUAUUUCUGCCAGCCAUACCGCGAUCCAGCAGGAAACCAACCCCACCGACGUUCAUUGCCGGUGACGUGUGGCCGGAUCAGGAAUGAGCAGCUAUCCUGUAAGCAAAAUGGGGAAGGUACUCUUCACCCCACUUCACCCACGGUGUCUCAGCACUGGAGAUGAUGCAUUCAGGGACAAUCUGCCAUACACUGGAGGAGUUAGAAAAUUCAGCGAUUGCAACCAGGCGUUUUCCAAGCCCUUUUGUCGACACCCUGGCAUCUGGGGGUUUGAGGAUACCCGAGGACACGUUCUUACUCCACCCCAGAUAUCCAGCUGCAAAAACUGAACCACGUUGAUCCCUCUUCCAUUCCUCUCUCUUCCACAUCCUAUGGGGGCGCUGGAGCGCCAAGGAGUUGCAUUUCAGCCCAGCACUGCUUUAUCUUUACAUAUGUGGAAGGUGUCUGUAUAUUUUGCACGUUGACUUGUUUUUAACUUAUAAGACUGGUCUGCACUCUCUUCUCGACCU